GCACACAGCAGCAUCAAUGGUGGAGUACGCGUCCAUUCAGGGAAAGGUCUGAGAGAGACCACUGCUGGGGCUUACAUGGAGAGCUGAAAGUGAAUAUGAGGUUAACGUCCUUAAUGAUGUACAUAUCUCCGGCUCUGCUAUUUAUUUUGUAUGUAUAUAUUGGAUUUUCUGAAGCUGCUCCCCGCAUCAGUCCCAACGAUGCGUCGCCUAUCUCCGGGAAGCCCGGCUCAGCCUCCGACACCUGGGAGACCUUGCACACCAACACGCCUCGUACUUUACCCGAGAGCAGGUUCGCUCUUGGGCCUCUAACCGAACUCGCACCGUCGCCUACCAUCGUUUCUGCCGGCCCGACCACCACCAAUACCACUACUAGCCAUAUUACUAAAACGGCAACCACCAUCCAGCCUCUAACAACGGACCCGGCGACUUCUACUGACACCGGAAUCAUUUCAGCCAUCAAAGAACAAAUAACACCGCCGAUUUCCAGAUUAACAGGCGCACGCAAACGGUCCACCGAUGCACAAACAUCACUUUUUGCUCCGGAGAAAAUGCUGCAGACCAUGGUGUCCAUGGUGUCCAUGGUCUCCCAGCGCACAGCGAACGACGCCUGGGCAGCAGAUAAUAUCGGCACAUCGGAUACCUCGAUAGAGAACAGUCAAGAGGCUCUUUGUAACUGCAGCAGUGGUGGUGAGGGCAUUUUGGAUCCGGACGAGUGUGAUCGGGGUACCGGUCAGUGUUCUUGUGUGUCGGGCUACACCGGUCUACAGUGUGACGACUGCGAGGAGGGACACUUCACCAACGGCACCAGCGGCUGCCUGCCCUGCGCCUGCGACUCCUUCGGCGCAGUGAACCACCUCUGUGACAGCUCAGGGAUAUGUGUGUGCAAGACGGGAGUGUACGGACCAAAGUGUGACGAAUGCCACCCGGGUUUCUUCCACUUCAGCAGCACGGGCUGCCGGCCCUGCCAGUGUCGGAACCACACCAACUCUUGCCAUCCACAGUCCGGAGUGUGUCUUAACUGUGAGGGCAACACCCAGGGAUCCAACUGUGAGGAGUGUAUGCCUGGUUCCUACCGCAGCCCCGGAGCCGCCCUGACCGCAGCCUGUGCACCAUGUCCCUGCUCCAACUCCACUUCUACUGGCACCUGUCACGCCGAUCCCAGUGGCUCCCCAGCGUGUGACCAGUGCCUUCCUCGGUACGGCGGCCCACAGUGUGACCAGUGCAGCGCCGGCUUCUACAAAGCAUCUAGGCUUUGUGUUCCAUGUGACUGCAGUGGGAACGCAGAUCCUCAGGGCCCCCCCCAGCUCUGUCACCCCGACACCGGCCAGUGCCUCCGCUGCAUCAACACCACCACCGGGCCCCAGUGCCAGCGCUGUGCUCCGGGCUUCAUAGGGGACGCCCCAGCACAUAACUGCACCCGCCCAACACCCCGGCUCCUUCCCACACCAGCAGAUACGACCACAUCGGAGGCCCCCACGUCGAGUACAUCUUCCCCGUCCAUGACCACCACCAGCUCCACUCUGACCUCCGCCACAGCAAGAGGCGUCCCGGCUUCCACGUCCAGCAGCAACACCAGCACCGCACUGAGCACUGCUGCCACCACACAGGCGUUGUUGACCAGUCUGAGCAGCCCCACUGACAACACCACAGCGGCCCUGACGGAGGUCUCCUGGACGCAGUUCAACAUCAUCAUCCUGGCCGUCAUUAUUCUGGUGGUGCUGGUGCUGCUGGGCUUCGUCGGAGGCGUGUACACCUACAGAGAGUACCAGAACCGCAAACUCAACGCCCCCUUCUGGACCAUUGAACUGAAAGAGGACAACAUCAGCUUCAGCAGCUACCACGACAGCAUCCCCAACGCUGAUGUGUCAGGCUUACUGGAGGACGAGGCCAAUGAGGUGGCUCCCAACGGCCAGCUGGCACUCACCACGCAGGGCAACUGCUACAAGGCUUAGCUCUGCAUCCACCCCGAAACUUUACCGACGACACAAAGCUGCUGGGAAGUACCAAAUCCAAAGCUCCUUCAUGUAUGCCUGCUUGUUGUUACCCUGCUGGUCCGCGGCACUUCACAACACAGUGAGAUCUCGCAGAUUCGAUCAAAGAUAUGGAAAAGAAACGCAGAGCUUUCACUUGAAACGUGUUCCCUGUUUGAUAUGAUUUAGUGUGGAAUGGGUGAUCAGUGAAAAGGGUCCAAAGAAAACCCGUGUUUGGUUGAGUUGUGGCUGCAGAGAGCACUGGUGUGCAGAUCAGUUGGGUAGUUGGCGUGACGCCUGUUGGCUGAAGCAAUGACCCUGACGCUGGUGAGAGGACUCACAGGAGCCCAGCAUUUCAGAUAUUUUUUUAAAUGGACUCUUGACUGUUUAAGUUAUAAGUGGAUCACAUGAACCGUGAUCUAAAACUGAGACAAUGAUUGUUAUUUAAUGCAUUUUUAUUCCUUUCUUAUUUAUUGGUUGACGUUUCAUUCUUGGAGGAAUGCUGCACACGUGUGGUGUGUUUAUUCAUGGUGUUUGAUCUUCUGUGCUGUCAAAUGUAUUUGCCCAAUAUGUUUCCAUGUAUAGUUUGUGUGUUUGGGAGAGGAUCACGGGGAACAUGAAGGGUGCUGGCUCAAAGCGUUUUAAUGACCUCAUCUUUUGUUCACAGCUUCCUGUCUUUUGUUAAAGCGUGCCAGCUCACCUGCGUAUCGACGAGGAGUGUUUCUUUUGACGCAACUACCGUUUAACAACUCUCGCCACCUAGCACUGCUGCACGGUAGUGACUCAGGCAGGGCUCACAUAAACCACCAUAAUCUGCUGGGAUCUUAUCUGCUCUUUGCUACCAGCCUCAACAAUAAGUUGAACAAAGCAUUUGAAAAAGGUGUGUGGCUGUUGUUUAGGCUGCCAUUGGUUGGGUGCGCUUCAUUUCACCACGGAUAUGAGUAAAGCUAAUUACUGAACUAACUCCUCAGGUACUGGCUCUUUCCCUAACGUGAUCACUGUAAAUAUGAUUAUUGUACAGAUGAAUGUGAAUAGUAGCACUAUUAUUGUACAGGUAGAAUACUGUGUGUACGAUGUCACUCAACAAGCACCCACCUGUCACUCUCCAGGGUGUGACUCUGCAGUCAGCCCACCGCUUUUUCUAUUUUUAUUUCUUUAUCCAGGUGGACUUUGCCAUAUACGCAGCUGCGGGACUAACAUGCACCCGCAGAACUCAAAACAAAGAAUACAAUGAUGUAAAUAAUACCCCAAAAUCAGAGGUCAACUCUCAAAUAAAAAUGGUAUUAACUGUU